GUGAGAGUUCCUGUUCAUCUUCACUUCCUAAAAGCUUUAAAGAAGAGCAGAAGUUUAUCUCAGUUCUAUUUUAACUCGACUUUAACUCUUUAGCUUUAAUUCAACUCGGCCUUAAAAUGAUCCUGAUAACUUUAUCAGCUGUAAUCUUAAUUUUCUCAGGUGAGGUUUGGGGUCAGUACCGGCAGAGGCUCACCUGUCCGUACAGUUCGGAUCAGAGCACCUGGACGAGGGUUUGGUGUAAACGGGACGAGGUGCGGAAGCACUGCUGCACCGGAUUCACCUUCAGUACCGGGUCGCACCAGGCGGCGGACGGGAGUCUGAGUGUUCAGGACGGGGGCAAGGAGUUCGUGGUGUCGGUGGGGAGUCUCCCGCUGGGGGACGGGGUUUACUGGUGCGGCGUCCAGAACCAAACCGGUAUCAUCAUUAAACUGGCCGAGAGUCAACUUUACACCACUCCGCUGGGCUUCAUCUGGGACGUCCUGCGCUGGGUUCUGUUCCUCCUGCUGCUGCUGACGGUGACGGGAACCUCCCUCUACUCCCACCAGAAACAGGGGAAAGAAAAGAAGAGAGACGCUGUGUAUGAGAGCUGCGAUAUGGAAGAAAAACAGCGCUGAAAAUAAACUCAGACGGAGAGACGAUCAGACCUUCAAUCAAAAAGAUCAAAUAAAUCCAGAACUUUAUUAAUAAAAAUUAUUCAAAUGAUUCUUUAAGUUCUGAUAGAAAAACACUUUGAUGUUUCAGAUGAACUGAUCUGUAAUUGGAAAAAAUUGGGAUUAAAUUAGUCUUGGAUUAAAUAGCUUCAUUAUUGUUGAUCUAAAACUGGGUUUCAUCCCCGUCCGGGAAACAGCCCUAUAGAGUUAGCAUCAUUAGCAUUAGCAUAUCACUGAGCUGCAGCAGAGCUUUUGCACCAAAAUAUUUGCAUUUGAUUAAUUUACCUUUUGUUCUAUUUUAUAUUAAAUUUAUAAUAGUUUCCAUUUAACCCAAUCAAACCUCUGUGUUUUUGAAUAUAUUUAAAUAUUUGAUCUCGAUCACCAGUGGAGAUGAAGGGAAUAAAUCUCCAUCUCAUUUAUAUAUAAAUCAUUUAUACUGAUUAUACACCAGGUACAUCAGGUACAUCAGGUUGUCCAAACUUUCUCCUCAUCAGAAAAGAACAUUUCUAUUAUUUCUAUUUUAUUACUGAUGAUCAAAGUGUUCAGUUACACGAUCAUCUCUCAGUAUUGAUCACAUGAAGAUAACGUGACCACAACAUUAAAUAUGUUCAGAAAUGCAGGUUUAAUGAGGGAAUUUUCACGGUUUAUUAGGUUUGUUUAUGAUGCUGAAAGUGUGGAAUUCGUUUAAACUAAGUUUUUAUAAAUGUGUAUAAAUGUAUCUGUGUUUUCAGAUCAAUUCCUUAAUAAAUAUUCGAUUUUGGCUUUUUCAA